GUUGGAGCUUCAAGCCUCAAAUGUCCAAAACUCUCUGUCAAAACUCACUUACCACGACAAUCACGCUCUCGAUCCAUUGAAAGACUUUUUUGAAAUAAUGUUGAGAAUAUUAUAACAGCCAAUACACAUCAGCGUCCUUUCGCCAAUCGGCGAGUGCUACCGAACAUCACGAUGCGUUCUCAACUCACCCGGCUGGUCUUCCACCGAAUCCUGUCAAACCAGCCUAUUCCUCACACCUACUGCGCCAAUGGAGCCCUACGAACAUCGCGACGCAUCGCACGCAAUGGCCGACUGCCAUUCCGAAGUCCCUCACGCGCCUUCAUCGGGGCACUGUUCAAUAUGAAGCCGAAAAAACCAGAGAGACAUACCAAGGAGCCAACCUUCGCGCCUGGAGUCAAGCAAAUGGCAUCACUGUCUCGAGCGCUCCAGGUAGGAUCGAGGCCUGCGCCCGACGCAGACUUGACCAAAGCUUUUGACGAAUUCUUCGCCCUGCGCAAUCCUAAGCCCAGCAUACGGAAUUUCGAGAUCCUACAUGUCACCAGAACGUUCGAUUACCUAAAGAGCAGGAAUUACGAGCCCUUUCGCAAAUAUAUUCAUGAAAACGCGUCGCGCAUACUCUAUUACGCUGCCCAGGAGGAUGCCAAGUACACGGAUGCAUUUAUCAAUCUCGGGCGCCGCGUUUAUGAAUUGGCGACGUCGGUAGAAUCUGAGAAGCGGCAUACGGCCCACGCGUCAGCGCCCGAGACCACCGAAUCUACUGGGGAUGGCGAUUCUGUACCGCCAGAGUCAUGUAAAAUACCUGAUCAAAGAUAUUCCCUGAGCCUGAAAGCAAACUUCUUCCAUCUAUUGCUACAUUGCGGAGCGUUCGAAGAAGCCAAGACAUUCCUCAAAGAUCAUAGAGACCAUAUCGAUAGUGCUAGAGGUCGGAGCUGGGCACCCGCUGUCCUUCUCAUGGCCCAUCUUAGACGUCACAACAUGACUAAGGUUGAGGAGAUAUGGACCACGUUAAAGCAAGACACCUCCUUGCAGUUUAGCAAGAUGCAAAUGAUUUAUAUUGCUCGGACAUAUACUGAGAUAGGAGACAUCACGAAAGCCCUGUCACUUUUUCCAAGUUUUUCGGACUUGGAAUUGGAUCAACAGAGGAUGUCGAUUAAUGAUGAUAUGAAAACGAUUCGCCAUACCAUCGCCGCCAUCAUUGAGCAGUCUUGGAUGACCGGUAAGUUGGACUUGGUAGAAGAUCUUGUUCGACGGCAUGUCGAGCAACGAGACUCCGGACCUGUGAUCUUGGGACAAAUCCUUGCGUGGGCCGCAGCAAGUGGCAAGAAUGUUGAAGAGCUUGAGCGGAUGAUGCGCAUUAUGAAAGAACUUCCGACCGAUCAAAUGACAGAUAGGUCGAGGCUACGGUACAACGCCAGACUUUUGAACGCGCUGCUAGAAUAUGCUGUUCAUCGGAAGGAUGCUUACCUUGCCGAGCGGUACAUGGGUUUGGCUGACCGUUUGAAGAUUAUUCCUAGUGAUUUGACAUACAUCUUACAGGCAACGUGGAGGCUUGAUACUGGGGAUAUAGAAGGCGCCAAGGAAGCAGUCGAAAAGCUGCGAGUUGUAGAUGAUACGUCUAUGUUUGUCCGAAGCAAGCUGGAUCCUCUCCUGAACAGAUACUUGGAAGCGCUCACUAAGCUCCGACCUCAAUUAGAUGCCCAUAUCCUUGAGAUUACCGAGUGGCUUGCAAGUCAUGGUGUACGGUUUGAGCCCGCGACUACAAAGGCUCUCUGUCUUCACCAUCUCCGAAAGGACGAAUUCUACGACGUCAUCGACCUCCUCCAGACGAACGUCAACCUCUACUCGGUGGAAGAACGAACAUCAAUAUGGGAAUUCCUAUCAGCCUAUGCUCUGGACAAACAGGCCACCACGAACAAGGCCUGGGACGUAUACAUGAUCCUGCAGCGCAUCUUCGAGGAAAUGCACCGCGACGUCCGCACACAGUACAUGGUCCACUUCUACGCGCGCAUGCGGCCCGACCUCGCCCUGCACGUCUUCAACCACAUGCGCCGCCACCGAUACCCAGACUGCCGCUCCACAAUCGACACCUACGUCAAAGCCCUCACCGGCAUCGCCGAAACUAAAGACGCAACAGGCCUCCUCCAGGUCUUCAACCAGCUCAAGCUCGACGACGAACUCGACCCCAACACCCGCCUCUACAACGCCCUCAUGCUCGCCCACGGCCGCUGCGGCAACCCGGACAAGGCCUUCAACAUCUGGAACCAGAUCGCCGACUCGCGCGAGGGCCCGAGCUACCAGAGCAUCGUCAACAUCUUCCGCGUCUGCGAGUACCACCCCGCGGGCGACGAGGUCGCCGCGUCGAUCUGGAGGCGGCUCCGCCGCUACGAUAUCGAGCUUGACGUGCCUGUCGUCGCUGCCUUUGUGGGCACACUCGCCAGGCAUGGCCGCCGCGACCCGGCGUAUCGUGUCAUUCAGUACAUUGAAAAGCAGCUGGGUCUGAAGCCUGACGUGUUUCUGCUCGCCUCGUUACUUAAUAAGACCGUCCAGCCCGACGCGCAGAAGCUGGUCAUGACGUGGAUCGAGAAUAACUAUUCGGCGCUCUGGGCGGAGAUGAAGCCUGGCUUGCGUCAGGAUGAGAUUGAUGGUCUGUUUACGUAUCCGGUUGAUUUGGAUCAUAAUGCUGAGGUUUGAGCAUUUUGUGUUGGGUUGAGGGGGAGGGGGGGCUUGUGGGGGUGUUUGAGAGAGAGAGGACGGGCUUGAUGUCUGUGUUGUUUUUGCGAUGCUGAUGUUGUUGUUGUUGCUGCCGUUGUCCCGCAUACUCCCUCCCUCCAUCACACACAUCAUAUCAAGACCACUUCCCCCCUUCUCCCCGGCGGAUGUCACCAAUACUCGCUUCAGAAGUGUGUGCAGUGUGCAGACAUCAUUUAUCUAUACACGACAUCUUCAUAGACGGCAAAAACAACUCGCUAAAUUCACUACCGACACAGCGUCACAUAUCACCACGUCCUUGCAUCAAGGGUUCGUUGUAUAUAUAUAGACACUAUACAUCUAAAUUUAAAUGUAAAUAUACAGAAUAGCAG